GCUGCACCGCCAGGUCACCAUCAUCAUGAAGGACACCACUGGCAGCAGCAGCACCCCGCGCGACGAGGCCGGCGGCCACCCCGCGCCUGCCGACGACGACACCGAGGCCAACCAGCGGUUGAUCAACCAGCUUAGAGCACGCAUCGUCGAGCUCGAGAUGCGAGGCGACCACCUCAUGGACGAGAAGGUGGAGUUGGAGCGCGCCUUCAGGCUGCACAAGGAGCACGAGACAGAAAUUGCCGAGUCUCUGGUGCAGAGAAUACGCGAGCUGCAGGACGCUGGCGCCGAGGUCAACAUCCACACCGUUCCCUGCCAGGCGCACCACCUCGCUCUCCCGCCUGACCACAGGUGAGUUACACGACGCGUCACCUGACCUCACUGUCCCUCCUGAAGACUGGGGCAGCCCAGUAGGAGGCCUGGUCGACGACCGGGCCGCGGGGACGCUAAGCCCCGGAAGCAUCUCAAGGUAACCAGCCCUCCCCAU